AUGUCGUGGGUAGUUGAACAAAGUGAAAAUACACCUGCUGUUCAUGUUAAUGGUGAUACUAUUACAUGUACACACAAUGGUUUUUUUGGUAGUCCAAUAAAUGUUAUGUACAAAGAUCCAGCUAGUCAAAAUGGAGAGUAUUUUUGGCAAGUAGAAUUUCCGGAGGUGCAAGAAGCUGGAGGUGUUUCUGUUGGUUUGACAACAGAAAAUAGUUUUAAAAGUGGAUGGGGACUCACAGCUAUGAAAUAUUUAGGUAAUUUAUCGGAUGGUAGCGCACUUUUAGUAUCAGCAUUUGGUAAUCAAAUAAAACAAAAUGAUAAAAUUGGCAUAUUAUUGCAAUUAACUAAUGCAGAUUUAAAAAUGUAUAUCUUUCAUAAUGAACAACCAUUAGGUUUAGCAUUUCAUAUAUCAUCACCAUAUUCAAAACCGUUGUAUCCUGUUGUUAGUUUCAAUUCAAAUGGUAAAAUCAAGAUCAGUCGUUUACAACAGAUACCUAAAUCAUUAGAACGUACAUCAGCAGAAUUUACUGGUGUCAAUGGUCAUUGGAAAAUUAUUGAUUAUCCACCGCAUCCAGAAUGUAUUGGAUGUAAAUUUGAAAUAAAGCAUGAAAAUCAAAAUACUUAUCAUCUUCAUGCACGCGUAGUUAAUUCAAUGAAUUGUUCUUUAAAACAUGAUUCAACAAAUAAUCAAUGGAAACCUUCUCCGGUUGUGUCAACAAUGAUGAUGGGUCCACCAGAAGAUAUGAAGAAAGAAGAUUUAAUUGGCAAUUUAAUUUCUGGUAUUCAACGUUUGGAAGUUCCAGAUCAACAACAUUUAAUCAUCCGAACGAAUAAUGGUACACAAGCUCAAUUAGAACGCUUUACAGUUCCAGCACCACCAGCAGUUACGCAAAAUAUAUUUAAUUAA